CGGGCGGGGCGGGCGCGUCCCCGCGAUGGGCGAGGGCAUGUCCAAGAGGCUGAAGGUGCAGCUGGGCGGCGAGGCGGAGAUGGAGGAGCGGGCCUUCGCCAACCCUUUCCCGGACUUCCAGCCCCACGGGGCCGCCUCCUCGGCCAGCGGCGCCCCGCCGUCGCCCAGCGACUCCGAGGGGAAGCGCGCCCGCCCGCCCUCGCCCGGCGGCGACGGAGACCCCCCGCUCUUCGACGCCGACGGCAAGAUCUGCCCUUAUUUCAGUAAAAGGAUCACAACCAAAAUUAAGGAUCUGCUGCAGCAAAUGGAAGAAGGGCUGAAGACUGCAGAUCCUCAUGACUGCUCUGCAUAUACUGGCUGGACAGGGAUAGCCCUUUUGUACCUUCAGCUGUACCGUGUGACGCAAGAACAAAGUCAUCUACAGCGAUCCCUGGAUUAUGUGAAGAGGAUCCUACGCAAUCUGAAUGGAAGAAGGGUUACUUUCCUCUGUGGUGAUGCUGGACCCUUGGCAGUGGGAGCAGUGGUGUACCACAAGCUGAAGAAUGACACUGAAUCCAAGGAAUGUGUGACCAAACUUUUGCAGCUCCAGAGAAUGGUCCUUGCCACAGAUUCUGACCUUCCAGAUGAGCUGCUUUAUGGAAGAGCUGGUUACUUGUAUGCCUUGCUUUAUCUGAAUACUGAAAUUGGACCCGAGGCUGUGCCACAGUCUGCUAUCAAGGAGGUGGUGGAUUCCAUCAUUGAAUCAGGUAAAAACUUUUCCAGAGAGGAACGAAAGACAGAACGGUGCCCAUUAUUGUAUCAGUGGCACAGAAAACAAUAUGUUGGUGCAGCCCAUGGCAUGUCUGGGAUCUACUAUAUGCUUAUGCAGCCAGUGUGCAAUGUGGAUCAAGAGACUUUGAGAGAACUGGUGAAACCAAGCAUUGACUAUGUGCGCCAUAAAAAAUUUCGAUCUGGGAAUUAUCCAUCAUCUUUAAGUAAUGAAACUGACAGGCUGGUGCAUUGGUGCCAUGGUUCCCCAGGAGUCAUCCAUAUGCUCAUGCAAGCAUAUAAGGUUUUCAAAGAGGAUAAAUAUUUGAAGGACGCAAUAGAAUGUAGUGAUGUCAUUUGGCAGAGAGGAUUGUUGAGGAAAGGCUAUGGCAUCUGCCACGGGACAGCUGGCAAUGGCUACUCCUUCUUAUCCCUCUAUCAUCUCACUCAGGAUAAAAAGUACCUCUAUCGAGCUUGCAAGUUUGCAGAGUGGUGUCUGGAUUAUGGUGCACACGGCUGUCGUAUUCCUGACCGACCCUACUCACUGUUUGAAGGUAUGGCAGGAGCUAUCCACUUCCUCUCCGACAUAAUUGACCCCCAGAACUCCCGCUUCCCAGCAUUUGAACUUGGCCCUCAAAGGAAAGAAAGCAAAGAGGAGCAGAACAGCUAAAUGGAAACUAGAGAUAAUGCCCAAAGCAACAUGACUGCUUAGUGCCUCAAGUGAAACUGAACCAACAUUGGGAGUCUGGAGGAAAAACUCUUUCUCGCCUGUUCUCCAAAGAACCACGCUUGUCGUUACUGCAUGAGCGAGAGAAUUCCACAUUUCAAUGUUUCAUUCUAAGAGAUGCCUUGAGCUGUGGCAGUGAUCAGGCUUAAGUUCAUUGGGACUCUUGCUUUUUCAGUUUUCACAGUUGUUCUUCCAGGUCUUUCUGGGUGUGUUUGCAUGUUCCUUGGUGUUGUCCGUAACUGUAAAGUUUUUUCCGUUCAUUGUGAAGCUGAAAACUGGUCAGUGACAUCUUGUCCUGCUUGUUUUUCUGUGCAUGGCUGUAAUGACAGCACACACCUCUCCACCGCUGAAACAGGACCUCACAUUUGGAACACUCUCUCUGCCUAUUAGCUACCAUGAAUGAAUGAGGGAGGCAAGCCCAGCCAAAUGCACAGCUUGGUUGACCCUUUUCUGGACUCACAACUUCAAAGUCAUUGAACAUUCCUCCCACCCCAAGAUAUCAAGAGCAUGGUCCAGUCAGAGUUAAGAACCUUUUAAAAAAAUAAAUCUCCUAUUGAUUUUCUUGAAGAGGUUAACCGUAUGAUUAAAAUUCUGCCGUUGAAAUCAGUUACCCGACGUCUGGCCAAAUUAUUCCCCAAAUCUAUCUCCCCCUGUCCACCAUGGGGACUUUUUAAGGCUUUCAAUAUACCUAAAGUGAAUCACGAAUGUUGCACUGGUUUCCAUGGGAAAAAAUUAAACAAGUACUACACUCUACUGUCGAGAUGCGUGGGGCUGGAUUGUGCUUCCAAGAGUGAAGCUCACUUCAAAUUAAAUAGGUGAGCAUUACAUCUUCUGUGCCUCCCACCCUUGAAAUAAGUCUACAAUGCACAUUUUCAAAAGUACUUCUAUGAGAUUUUCAGAUUUGAAAACUCUCUUAAGUGCUUUCUGAAACACAAGAUCCUUUCAAUGUAGGGAGGGGGCCAUAGACAUGCCCUAAGUAGCCCACAUAAUUCCACCAAUUUUGUAGAGGAACAUCAUCCCUUCAGUUCUUGUGCAUCAUGGAAAGUUUUCUGACAAAACUAGGCAGAGCCACACAAAAGCAGUAUUGGGUUCAGCCCCACAGUUUAGGGAAGGACUCUGGGAAAUGAAAUGGCUUACUACUGCUGUUGAAGUUUCUGAGAAGGGGCCAAGGUAUCCAGUUCUAAUUAAUAGUAAGACUGCCAAUCUUCCCUGCUAGGUGACAGACAGUCCCAUUUUUGUUGCUUCACCCUCUGAAAGGUUGCUUUGUUGUUCCUCUGUCUGAAGAGCUACAUAGUGUGUGUGUCACUCAGGCCCUGAGUCACAACUUCGUUUUGUUUACAUUUUGCUCUUCCACAUCUUCUAAAAGAAAUUUUUGACAAUUUGCA